AUGUUUGGCUGCCUACUCCUUUUGGUUGCCUGUGUAAACUGCGAAUCCUGCGGGACUGGAGUGCCCGUGGUUGACUACACUGGUGAACACUAUUGUUGGGACACGUUCGUGCCUCUUGUGAUUCCAACCCGCACGCAGUACUGCCUGCCUUUGUAUGGAAAUGAAAAGAAAUGUGUAGAUGUCCCAUUCGCCACUGUGUACCAAGUGCCUGACUUACUAAAUGUGAAGUGGACAGGGCCUGUUUUUAGCAGAGACACUCUAGUUGCCGCCAUGGGGGCAAUUGCGACUACCUUCGUGCUUACAACAUCAGUGAUAGGCUUCUGGCAGCGAUGCAAGCGCCCAGAUGACCCUACAGACAUCAUACUCGUCUAG